AAUGCCAAAUACAUUUCCCCAUAUCUAUUUUAAAUGUUUAUAUAAAACUAUAAACUCACAUUGAUGUGAAAUUUUAAUGGGAUUUCAUUAUAACUACAUUUAUUAUUUAUAUAGGUAUGACAGUGUAAAUAAGUAAUUAUACGGUUAAUAAUUCAACCGCAGCCGGUCACAAAUAGUCAAAACGAGAAGUAGUCACGAAGGUGCUCCACGUUCUGUGCUUACAGUACUUACUUACACAGUCACUCAAACUGAACUACACUAGUGAUACAUGAGCUACAUAUACUUAAAUAUUAACGUACCGCUACUGGUGACGUCAGUAUAACAGCGCGAUGCGGACAGUGGACCCGGAGCUGUGGGCCCGCCGCCUGCACCGGCCGGGGCUGGUGACGUCACGGCUCCGGCCGGGGAUGGUGACGUCACAGCUCCAGCCCGGACUGGAGCGCACGCUGCGCGCCAGCAUGAGGGACGCCGCCGCCGAGUACUGGCAGCACUGCUCUAUUGGGUUCGUCAAGUACAUGAAACAUGACGAUGUCAAUAAUAAAUAUAAGAAGUGGCGCAACUUGUUGUUGGUGCUGCUGACGUUCGCGCUGGGCUGCGCGGCGCUGGCGGACGGCACGCUGCAGUACCAGUCGCGACCGCCGCUGUACGUGCAGAAGUACGCCGCGUCAGUGGCGCACGCUCCGUUCCCGGCGGUCGCCAUCUGCAGCAACAAGGUCAUCAGCAGAGCGGCGCUGCGGAACCUCACGCGACACCUGUACACCGCACCCACCAACCAGCGCGAGCGGUAUCAAUACUCCGAGGCUCAGAUAGAAGACCAUCUCCUGAAAAUGGGCGCCCUGCUGAGCUACGCGUACACCGAGGUCGACUUCGUGUUCACUAAGUUCAUACGGGAGAGCAUGCCGCAGUUCAACAUCACCGACAUCAUGUACAGAUUCUCAGCCAACUGCUCGACGAUCCUGGUCCGGUGCUCGUGGCGGGGCAAGGUACAAAACUGCGAGCACAUGUUCGCGACCAGACUGACGGCACUCGGCUUCUGCUGCGUCUUUAACUCGAGAUACCAAGCCGCAGACUUCGGCCGCCAGCCUUUGGUGCUAAACAAGACUGGGAAGGACUUCGGGCUCGGCGUCGUUUUACACGAGGUGCAGAACGACUUCGCUUACAUGAGGCGACCUGCAUAUGGAAUGGAGGUGCUGUUGUUCGAGGGUAGCGAGUUUCCGAUCGUGGAGAGUGGUGACGUGCGCGUGUACCCGCUGCCGAUCAAUGCAUCCGUCUACUUCAACAUCCAGGCGGUGACGCAGCAGCCCACGGACGAGGUCGGCUCCUACUCCGAGCCCAGGCGCGGGUGCCGCCUGGGCCGCAGGGGCGCGUCGCAGUGCCUGGCGGACUGCCGGCGCGACACCGCGGAGGCGCUGUGCAAGUGCGUGCCGUACACGCUGCAGCCGCAGUUCGAGCCGCGCGCGGCCGCAACCUGCACGCUCAACGAACUCGCGUGCCUCAACAAACACAGAGAGAAGUUCAUGUACGUGUACCCCGGCGAGGUCGCGCACGAGUCGCUGCAGCAGGAGCAGCAGGACUCGAUGGAGUGUGACUGCGCGGUGCCCUGCGGCCGCCAGCUCUACCGCGCCACCAUCUCCUACUCCUACUACCGCUCUAAGCCGAGAGUCUUCCAAAACUUUCUCACAAGGAACAUGUCGCUACAGAGCACGACAUCGCUUCGGCUGUUCUAUGGCGUCGACCGGCAGCAAUGGUACAAGAUGGAGGUGUUUUCGCGUUUGUCUGAUGUUUGUGUGAAGCUAAGCUGCCAGUGGAUGGCUAUCACUGGCAUCACGCUGGUGAGUUGCUGGGAGGUGGUGUACCACGCCACGUACCGGUGCGCGCGGCACGUCGCGCGUCGCUUGCGAGCGCCAUCUGUACCGCGCCGCCGGAUGCACUAGUCGCGGCUCGCUGGGUGGACGGUGGACGGAGCGAAGCGCGCCUACAUUGUAAUAUUGACGUUGCAUUGUAGAUGGCGCUGUGGGUCACCUCUUCUCGUAGUUUUUAGUUAUAAUUUAGAUGACUUUUAACAAGUGUGAGUGAAACUAUGUUACUUCACACUAUACCACUUAUGUUACUUUAUAACUUUUUUGGCUUAUCUAUGAUUUUUAAAUAAAAUAUUUAUU